CAUUGUAAACGGUGUAAAGAUAAAUAGUAGGCUGGUUUACCCUGUAGCCUCACUGAAAACACCAUGACAUGAUGAAGCAACAGAGAUACUUGUCGCACAGAGAUUUCUGCAGCAAUUUUUGUGUGUGAUUCUUUGCUUAUCUCAAAGACAACAUGCCCCACGCUCGAAAUAGGAACCCCAGCCCCAUCCCAGAGGUAACAUGGGACACGGGACUGAAGGAGAUGAACGAGACCUGGAAAGGAGCUAUAGCCUGUCUCGGGGUUGCCGUCUUUUUUGUCAUGACUAUCGGGAUCAUUUAUUGGCAAGUGGUGGACCAGCCAAACAAGAACUGGAUCCUCAGGGGGACUUUUAGCGGACUGAUCUGGGAGAGAAGAACCCACUCGCUGGUCAUAGAGACCCUGGCGGAGGACAAGACCUAUGUGGAGAUAGACGUUGGGAACGUGGGGAACGCCGACAUCGAGGUUCCCUUUGUGAGGAACCUGUGCUGGCUGAAUAAAACCGAGUUCUGCUAUACGUGGGACUCGGUGGCCGAGGUGAAGAUUUCCCUGGAGGUGAAUGAGGAGACGGAGUGCUACAGUAUGACCUGGGUGCCGGUGCACUGUCAUGUGGAGCUGAAGGACUGCUUCUCCAUGACCAACGUGUCCUGGUACGGUGGUGCUAGUGUCCGUGGUCAGACCUGGCCCAUCAACGAUCAGAACGCCACCAUGCAGCCGUUUGUUGUGAGUGAUCUUAAGAACAAUCCAUUUGGCUUCGGCUCCGCUUUGGAGCGCUACUUCCUGGGCUCAUCAGGUGUGGCAGUGCUUGUUUCUCCUGAUAUUCCUCUGCAGCUGGGGCUGGACAGCCGACAGCAGUUCUGCCUGCAGUCGCUGCCCAGUAUGGAGCGAGAGCCUCUGCAGUACACCGUGUGUGUGGCCAACAAUGUGAAAGCUGCUCACCAGGAAGCAGUGCAGCAACUGUACCAGCACAGCAGGGAGCUGCCCAACAUGAACACACUGUGGCUACCGUUCUGGAAGCUGCUCACUAACAUGGAUUCAGGGCCGAAGGUGGAGAGGGAGCUGAGGACUUUCUCUAAUCGUCUGAAGAGACACCAGCUUGGGGAGGGAGUCAUCAGCCUCAAUGAACAUUCCACCACCCUCCUCUCCGACAUGGACCAUAACUACCUCAACAGCAGGAAAAGGGGGAUGUCCAAGAGACUGACCAGGGACCUCCCACUUGUCAAGCUUCUUAACAUUUCCAUCACCCUGUCCCCUUUCCUGGGCGUGGACAACACGCAGUUCCACACCUCCCUCAUGGACGGCACCGAGGCCUUCUGGCUCAGCCUCCCCUCAGCGCCUCAGGGACAGCUGAUCCCUGUGAUGAGUCAGUGGCGAGGAAAGUUCUGUGUAAAGCUAAACAUCACCAACCCUGGAGCGGUGAGCUGGUUUCUGGACAGGGUGGGGUCCCUGCAGGCACACCUAGGGAUGGAGUAUGUGGUGCUGGAGGGGGCAGAGGGGAAUCUGUUUGAGGAGCAAGCUCUGAGGCCUCCACAGGCUCUCGGGGGAGACAAGUACAUCAGCCUGCUGGCCGACAUGGCCACACGGAUAGGAGACUCCACCAUCGUGACAGCGGGGACACGGUCAAGCCACAAGCCUCUGUUUGUGAGGAUGAGCCCCUUGCAGUCCGACUGGAGCCCAAUGGGCCUGAAGGGCAUAAUUCCCUCCCUGCUGCACCACACUCUGCUGGGAUACAACUUCCUCAUUCCUGAUGCAGUAGGUGGUUCUCUCUCUGGAGACCUGGUCACAGAUGAGGAGUUGUUCAUCCGUUGGCUGGAGAUCACAGCUUUCCUUCCUGUUAUCAGCUUCCACACGCCACCCUGGGUCUGCGGAGAGGACCGGGUGUUAAACCUCACACGGGCCUACAUAGCGAAACACCAGAGGGAUGUGGUCCCACUUAUAGAAAAGUAUGCAGAUGAGUGGCAGAUGACGGGAAACCCCAUCUACAGGCCGAUGUGGUGGCUCAGUCCCAGUGACCCUGUGACUUUCACCAUCGAUGACCAGUUCCUCAUCGGAGACGAGGUUCUAGUGGCACCGGUGCUGGAGAAGGGGGCAGUGCAGAGGGAUAUUUAUUUACCUGACGGGGGCUUCCAGUGGCAGGACAGCCGCGAUGCUCAGGUGUUUGACGGGGGGACGUUCCUACAGGACUACCCUGUGCCCUUGGAGGACGUGGCUGUCUUCUUUCGCAGAAGCUGA